AUGACCCGGCUCAUCCCAUUCCUAGCCGUGUCUGCGCUGGCCCUCGUCGCCACAGCACAAGACGCCCCGACCAAACCGCCAGUCGACAAGACCUACAACCGCAAAAACAUCAACGACGGUCUGGGCAGGCACCUGCAGGGCACGCGGCAGAAGCCCAACAUCACCGAGUGGGCGAACAAGGCCGUCUGGCCCGAGGGCUGCCGCGUCGAGGCCGAGGCCGCCCGGCUGCAGGCGGCCGACUUCAGGGUCUACGAGGUCAGGUACGGCGACUGCGACGAGCCGUGGCACAUGUGCGUGCACGACGAGGCCGGGUCCAGCAAGGAGCACCUGGCCGAGCAGUUUGGGCUGAUACCGGUCGGGAUGCGGUCGUACGUGAGGAACCUCGUGGCGCAGCCGCGGCACUUUGAGAAGAAGACGGUCACGGCGCACUUCCGGUCCACGGGGGACAUGACGACGUUUGUAAAGGUUGAGCUGGCUACAUUGGUUCAUGAAAUCGGCCAUGCUCUAGACUUCCUCGCCCUCAAGGACAAGAUGACCCAAGACGGCAAAAAAGUGUCGUCGUUCAGCAAGACAAAGGCGUGGCAGGACGCGGUCGGCAGGGACAGCAACGUGCCGACCGAGUACUCUCAAAAGUCGUGGGUCGAGAACUUUGCCGAGACGGUCAUCAUGGCCACCUUUGACGAGAACGUCCCCGAGGCGCGCAGCAAGGACGCCGGCCCCUGGCCCGACAGCAAAAAAUGGGACCUGUUCAGGGAGCAGCUCAGGACGGUCGUGAACAACGUCGGCGGAGAGAUCACGCCCGAUGGGAGGGCCAGGUGCAGGAACCGGCUGCAGAACAGCAAGGCCGUGCCCAAGAAUGCCGUGACGUCGAGGAGGGAAUUGGGCCUGAAGCCUGACCUUAGGAUCCGGGAUGCGUCCAUCAACGUCAUCGAGGGAGAUUCGGAGCGGGAUUCGAUUGUUGUCGAUGGGUGCCAUCAUAAUCACUGA